UGCCGCCGAAUCCACGCCCUCCAUGAACCACCUGUCUGUCCCUCCGAGCUCCCAUAAAACGGCAGCCUGAACUCGACCCGGUCCGCAUCAUCUCACUCGAGUUGUCGGCUCGCACCUCACCCGUUCACGCAGCGCCAUGGCAUCUCCGACCGGCAGAGAGUCACCGCAGGAGCUGGCCGCCAUGAACGAUUUUCGCACCAGCAUCUGGUCUGUCUUUCAGCCUCUGUACGAGGACAAAUGGGACCAAGCCAGGUGGGAUGCCGCCGUAGCGCGUUUCAGGGCAGCGCACGACCCUGCGGUCGUGGAUCGCUUCAUGAAAAAGGCACGGCUGCCAACAUGGGAAGCCCUUGAGGAGCAGAUGAAAAAGGGCCCACCAGCGUUCCUGCGCCCUGGAUGGCGAAGCCCCCUCCUCGGCAAGAGGGUGGACCUGUCGUGGCUCGAUUCGGACGCAUUUGAGUGCGUACGACCGAGCAAGGACGGGUGGAGAAGCAAGAAGGUUGUCGUGAUCGAAUUCUGGGCGUCGUGGUGCCGGCCUUGUCAUGUGGUCUGCGACAUUCUCUCCAGAAUUAGUGCGACCAAACCGGACGCCAAGGUCAUCACCUUCAAUCACGAAGGCAUCUUCAACAAAACGGAAAUCGACCGGUCCAUUGUCCAGAACUUCAUCGAUGGCCGCGGCGACAUGAACUACCCGAUAUACAUUGACUCGCAUCGUGUCGCUGUGCAAGGGUUGUUCGAGCCUGGGCAGAACCUAUCGAUCCCACUAGCAUUCAUCAUCACCACUAAAGACCAAGUCGUACAUUGGGUCGGUAACCCGGAGGAGAUGGCCGCUCCGCUUGAAAAGGCCUUGAGGUCUCCGUGAACUCCGUAGGCUCGUUUCGGAGUGCAUCCACAUGCUACUCGUCUACGCGACGUCUGGCACAUAAAAUUUGCCCGUUUUAGAUAUUUGUAUGAAGUAGCUUGCUUUGUAGCUCUGUGUAUCUGCUUGUCGUUGUUCGCGAUUCUAUUCAUGUUCUGUGCUCGAUCAGACUCGAGUCGCGUCACCUGGCCCUAAUGCGUA